AUGGCGAACAACAACAGCAAGUAUCGCCCUAUGAGCAUCGACGCCAUGCUUGACAUGGAGCGGCAGGAGGUCCUCGCUCUGCUAGAGGGCAACAAGGAAGCCCAAUCUGCUAGAGGCGGGCGGUCAGAUUCUCCCUACGCGUCGCGUUCUCCUGUUCGCAGUAUGGUCGAUAUUGCAGAGGAUGAGAUUCCGCUGAGCAACGCCACGUCUUCUUCCAACAGACCUGCGCCGGCCUCUCAGGGCCCUGUGAGGAGCAUGCUCGACGUUAAGGCGCCGCCUUCUCCGCAGUUGGUCCGCAGCAUGCUCGAUGUUAGUGGCUCUGUGCCGGACUCUCCCAGACGAGCUGGGCGCAAUUCAACUCCAAGCUCUCCUCUACUGACGUCUAGUGACCCUACCUUGAGGCAGUCGCCAACUUCAGGCUUGACGCCCCGGAGUAGAUCUGAUGCUGGGCUGCUUUCCGAUCCUGGACGGGGCCCACGAAGCAGCCUGAUGUCCAACUAUCAAUUUUCUAGUAUACUGUCGCAUAGCUCAGGUCCUCAGCCAUCAGUGAGGUGGUCGUCUUCGAGAAACAGCAAAGGUAACAAGCGAGAUAGUGUAGGAUCCCUAGGCCCUGAGGGCGCGCUUCCUACGGAUAGGGGCCGGUCUCCGCUUGGAGCCUCUCGAUUUUUCGGCGGGUCUAAAUCUUCCCAAAAUCGCCGCUGGAAUAGUAGGUCUCAAUCUCCGGCGACGUUUGCUCCAUCAGCUCCAUCACAACUGCCCCCCGGCAAGGCUCUUACGAAAGAUGGCCAAGUGAUGGAUCUCAACAGUGCCUAUAGAAAACUGUCAGAUGCGAAUCUCAUGCAUUCCAGCGGAAGCCUGGCGCAACUGCCGAUGCGGAAGAAACACGGAGAGGCUGGAGAGGGCAGGCUGGUCAAGGAUUAUGUCGGACCGGAUGGCGAACAACUCGAUUCUAGUGAAGAAGAGGAAGAAGAGUCAUCCGACGACGAAGACCGAGGGCGUAAGAAGUCACCUCGGUCGUUGAUACACGAUGCAGGGACCAAUGGCGGGGAGACGCCGGCCAGUGGCUCGCAGCCUGGAGGGCGGCAGGCCUUGAGCUUGCUUGCGGCGGCGGAACAAGAACGCUCGCAGGUAGCUUCCCAACAGCCUCAGUAUCAGUACCGGUCCCUGAUUGCGGAGCCUGAGAUCAAAGUAACAAGUGCAGCCGGAGAGACUGCAAAGCCGUCAAAGGCCAAUAAGGGCGUCCAUCCGGCCACCAGCUAUGACCAGGGCCCGAUGUCGCGGGCGCCGUCUAUGAAGGACUCAGAUGACGAAGCUGACAUUGACGAUAUCAAGAGGGCCCAGAAUUUAUCGUUUACAAUGACCAACAUACUGGAAACGCCAGAGGCGCAUCGUGCAAUUCGUAUCAUCUACCGCGGAGAUUACAAUAGGAUUAUCCAAGCAGCUGAAGAAGAGAAUCACAGGCUCCGGAAAUAUCUGGUGGCUACGGACCUCAGUGACGAAUCAACUCAUGCUCUCGAAUGGGCAAUCGGUACAGUCCUUCGAGAUGGUGAUACUCUGGUCGCGAUUUAUUGCAUCGAUGAAGAGACAGGCAUAACGACGGGUGAGGGAUCUGUGGUUCCUGAUGAAUCAAAGGCGAUGAAAGAGCAAGCGGCCGCCAUCAACAUGAUGGCAAAUGCAAAAGCAGCACCGGCGCAGAUGAACCUGGUAUCAGAGUUUAAGCGGAGCUCGGCUUUCUAUCUACGAGGCACUGGUUCCAAUAUAGGUACCCCCAGAGGCACCCCCAGAGGCACGCCAAGGGGCACACCAACCGGGUCGCCAGCGCCGCUGUAUCGUGGCGAUCGCUUCAAGGCCGAGCAGGAGCGUAACCGCGCUGUGCAGGAGAUUACAGAUAGGGUUCUCCGUCUCCUCAGGAAAACUAGGCUUCAGGUGAGGGUCAUUGUGGAAGUCUUGCACUGCAAGAAUCCACGACACCUCGUCACAGAGGUGAUUGACCUCGUCAACCCCACACUGGUUGUGAUUGGGAGCCGGGGCCGAAGUGCGCUCAAGGGUGUCAUUCUGGGAUCAUUCUCUAAUUAUCUGGUUACCAAAAGUUCGGUACCUGUGAUGGUGGCACGCAAGAAGCUGCGGAAACAAUCCAAGUAUAAGCGAACGCCGGUGAAGCAGGUGAACAACAUUAGCAACCCAACGGCCAGAAGCUUGGCCAACGCCAAAGUCGACUAG